AUGUGGCUUAUUCUUAUCACUGACUCUAGUAUCAGAAACAUGUUUGCCUUAUUAUUUACAUUGUGUUCAGUGUUUUUGAUUGGCGACGCCUCAUUUGUUGGCUCGCUAAAUAAAUGCAGUAUGAGCGACAGUGAGUGCCAUAAAAAACUGUACCAGUCGGUUAUAUCAGAUAUUGGCAAAAUCGGUGUGAAAGAAUUGGGGAUUCCCCCUGUAGACCCUUUGGAGCUGAAGAAUGUGUCCGUUUCCAUCCUAGGACUGCUUGAUAUCAGUUUGGAAGAUGGAAUAGUUAAAGGAGUAAAAGACUGCUUGCUAAAUAACGUCACGACCGACAUUCCCAACGGACACUUUUACUUGGAUAUGACAUGCGACAUCACGGUAAAAGGACAUUACAAAGCUUUUUCCUCCAGCCCCUUAAUCAAGACAUUAUUGGGAGGAGAAUUUAUCCGCGCUGAUGGAAUGGGAAAAGUCAGAGUAGAAAAACUUCACUUGAAUUUGGACUUUGCAAUCUAUGCCUACAAGGCUGAUGACGGGGAAAUUUACUUGACAUCGAUUUACGAUCAAACAAAAUAUGAUUCUGAAAUAUUGGGGAAGCUGGUAUUCGAAGGAAACAACAUAUUCAUGGGAAAACAAGAUAUUAGUGCUCUAGCCAUCAGCUUACUUAAUCAGGCCGGUAAGAGUAUGGCACCAUACUUUGGAAGAGCUUUUAUGGAGAAAUCUUUAGAAUUUGUAUACGCUUACUGUGGAAAAUUUUUCGAAGUUGUACCAGCGAGAUAUUACAUUAAAGAAGAUCUUACUCCGUUCGUAAAACAAUAAUGUCAU